GAACAUAUUCCGGCCGAGCAUUCUUGAAAUAUUCCAAGAAGUAAUAAUUGUUUGCUUUGACGUCAUUAUCCUUUGAUCCAAAGGAGUCCAAGCGGGACUCAUAUUCAACUCCUAAUUCUUACAUUAUUAGUUUGACUGUUUGAGACGCUAUUUAUUUCGGUAUUAUCAGAUUUUCUGCCCAUUCAGUUAUGAGAAGAUAAGAAAAAUAAAAGGAAAAAAAUCACUGAGAACUUAUAUUACUGAGUCAACUAUCAAGCAAUAUGGAAGGCGGGAUUACAAAACCGGAUAAAACAGAAUUCACCGAAUGCUGGCGCACGAGCUGGCAAAAGCCUUAUAUUAUGCGCCUCGCCUUAUCAGCCGGUAUUGGAGGUUUAUUGUUCGGUUAUGAUACAGGUGUUAUUUCUGGUGCCCUGCUCUAUAUUAGAGAUGAAUACAAAACCGUCGAUGGUCAUACUUGGUUGCAGGAAACUAUCGUGAGCAUGGCUGUGGCGGGAGCCAUUGUUGGGGCCGGUUUUGGCGGCUUAAUAAACGAUAAGUACGGCCGACGAAAGUCUAUUCUGUUGGCCGACAUUUUGUUUUUCGCAGGUGCUGUUGUGAUGGCGGCCUCUGUGGGCCCUUGGAUGAUAAUCCUCGGUAGAAUAUUCGUAGGCUUUGGGGUCGGGAUGGCCUCCAUGACUGCACCCCUUUACAUCUCGGAGGCUUCUCCUGCCAGAAUUCGAGGAGCUUUAGUCAGCACCAAUGGCUUGCUAAUCACAGGUGGACAGUUUCUGUCAUAUCUCAUCAAUUUAGCAUUCACCAAGGCACCCGGUACAUGGCGCUGGAUGCUCGGGGUUGCGGGAGUGCCAGCUCUGGUUCAGUUUUUCUUGAUGCUGUUUCUUCCCGAGUCGCCUAGGUGGCUUUAUCGCAAGAACAAAGUAAAAGAGGCGCGUGCCAUACUCGAAAAAAUCUACCCUCCCCACGAAGUCGAAGAGGAACUCAACGCGCUACAGUCUUCGAUCGAGGCCGAGAAGGCCGACCAGGAAUCCCUCGGUCAAUCCCCCCUCUCGAAAAUAAAAAACAUAUGGAAAAACGACGUCGUCCGAAGAGGACUAUACGCUGGCAUCACGGUCCAAGUCGCCCAGCAAUUUGUCGGGAUAAACACUGUCAUGUACUACAGCCCGACCAUCGUCCAGCUGGCAGGUUUCGCCUCGAACAGGACAGCCUUAGCCCUGUCCCUAGUCACUUCCGGACUCAACGCCGUGGGGUCCAUCGUCAGCAUGGCAUUUGUCGACAGGUCUGGGAGAAGGCGACUCAUGAUUGUAUCCAUGUUCGGUAUCAUAGCCUGUUUAGUUGCGCUGUCGGUCGUUUUUUACGAGGCAGCCGAUCACGCGCCACCUGUCGGGGGACUCGAGUCGUUGCAUUUCGGAGGGAACGCCACCUGUCAGGGCUACUCGCGGGCCACACGGCCAGCUGGCUGGAACUGCAUGACGUGCGUGAGGUCGUCGUCCGACUGUGCGUUCUGCGCCAGCGGAGGUGGUAACAAGUACAAUCCUGGGGCAUGUUUGGCUGCAACUGAUGAGAUAAAGGCAAUGUGCCGUGGGGAAAAGCGGACGUGGUACACUCAGGGUUGCCCGAGUAAGUUCGGUUUUUUUGCGGUGGUAUUGUUGGGAAUGUACAUUAUAUCCUAUUCUCCGGGAAUGGGGACGGUGCCAUGGAUUGUGAACUCGGAGAUUUAUCCGCUGAGGUACAGAGGGAUUGGGGGUGGGAUAGCUGCGGUUUCCAAUUGGGUAUCUAAUCUUAUUGUGAGUGAGACCUUUUUGACCCUGACGGAGGCACUUGGUUCGGCUGGCACGUUUCUGUUGUUUGCUGGGUUCUCGGCUGUUGGGCUAGUGGCGAUUUACUUUUUGGUGCCCGAGACGAAGGGGAUGCCGUUUGAGGAGGUGGAGAAGAUGCUCGAAAAAGGGUUUAAGCCCGGGUUGUGCUGCGGGUCGGGUAAGGAUGAGGAUGAUGAUACUACUAAAUAAAAUUAUAAAUAUAUUUUUAUCUUAGUUCUGUCUGAUUUAUUUACUAUUUCCUCUGUUUGUUUAGGGGGUAUUGUGGGGAUUUUCCACAUGGAAAUUGAAAUGUUCUUGAUUUUUCAGCAUUUUGAACUGAGUAGGAGACUCUGGCAAUGUUACAUUUGCUUGAUAAUAAACAGUGCUCAAUCUUCUUAAUUGUGAAUGAACUUGUGUGUUCCUUUCUGUUUAUCAGAUGUUUAAUACAAUUGAGACCUUGUUUACA